AUGACAAUUUCAAUCAGAUUAAGGCGGCAUAUUCAAGGUCUUAUUCCUAUGUGAGUACUGGAAUUAUUGUCCAUCCGUUCAAAAUUAAUUUUCGUAACAAUACAAUUUGGGUUUCUUAGAUUAGAAACCCACAUGGAUACAGCUGCUAGACCACUGCUUAUAAUCAGUAUAGUAUUCUAUAAAGGACGGUCACGUGAUAAUUUUUUUUGGGUGGUGCAGAACAACCAAGCCACUGUAAACAGUAUUCCCAAUGAAAACUCAGGGGCGGAUCCAGGAUUUUUUUUAGGAGGGGGUGCACUGGUCUCUUGCUCUACUUCAACACCAAUAAACCACAUAGUUUUUUUUUUCUGCAGAAUACCAGUUGUAUUAGAAAACCGCAGGUCAUCUCAGGGGGGGGGGGGGGGGCGCCCCCCCCCCCCCCCCCCCCUAAACCCCCCCCCGAAACACCUGCUUCUUCUCCCCUUUUUAAUUUUUUCUUUCUUUACUUCCAAUAAAGCACCAAAAUAUUUUUUUUAUUGCCACCGCUUAGAACGUGACGCCGUCCUUUUUUGUUUUUGGGGGGGGGGGGGGGGGUGCGCACCCCCUGCACCCUCCCCCUAGAUCCGCCCCUGAAACUACUGCUUCUUCGUCUCUUUAUAAUUGUAUCUUUCUGUACAUCGAAUAGAGCAACAUAAUAUUCUUUUAAUCGUCACCGACUAUGCAGUGAGCUCGUUCAUUUAUGCUUCUGAUAUGUUGUUUUUUACUUUUGGCUGUUUCGAUUAAAUAAUUUUCUGGGCUCGGGAUAAAUUAAUAUAAGCCCGGUAGGUGUUAGGAAGAGAACAAGACGAUACAAUCUAAAAUGAUAUGAAUAUCUAAAAUGACAUAUUCUCUUUAUAUUCUAUUUGAUUAAGGGGAAAUUCUUAACUUGAAAAAGUUUUGCCCGAGUUUGUUAAUAAGAAUUUAAGUAGACCCUUAAUUCUCUUAAUAAUUCUCGGAUACGUUCAUCGAGCACCGAUUACCAAGUGUUGAUUGUUGUUCUUCUGAGACUUUUAUUCUUUUGAAUUUUUAGUAUUUCAACUAACACAUUCAAAUUCUACUCAUUAUGGCUGCGAAUGACAUCUGAAUUACUUGUACCGCUAUGACGAAAAUUGAACUUCUUAUUAAGCAAAAGCAGAUGUCUGGAUACUCAGAUACAGAUACAUAAACUAUUGAAGAUUCUGUUGGAUUACCUUCGAUUGCAAAAAACCCUCAUGUCUAAAAUGAAUAACUGGUAAGUCUGAACUAAGUUCGAUUCUCAAGAGAAAUGAUCCACAUCCAUUAGGAUUUUAUGGGUGUCUUGCCAGUUAGAACGGCCUCCACAUGGCUUUAAACUAGACAAAUCACCCUAGAGGAAAAGUCCUCUAUAUGGUAGAGCAAGGUGAAUCUAAGACCGGCCGAGGGGGUAUGUUAAACCGUUUAUCCUUAAACCGAAUCCGGGUAUCGAUUACCGAGAAACGCUAGUAUUGGAAGUAAAAAGAGUCAUCAGAAGAGAAAUAGGAAGUAUUUGUUUUAAGUGCAGGCCUCAACUGGUUUCCCUUAUACUUAUAAGCUGGACAGUAAUUUAUCCAGUGGAUAGCGCUAUCCAACGUUUAAACAACCGUGGCCUGAACGAUUUCAUUUAAAGGCGUAUUUGUAUGAAAGUACUACAUUCGUGGCUUAGUCAAAUGUGUCAGUAUUGAAGUGUCAGGUCCCAUACAACAGUUAUAGCUUAAUCAACGUAUUAGACUGACUUUCAAUGACUUAAUGUUGAAUCAAUAUAACAUACAGAAUUCACAACUAUCACGGUAUUAAAAUACGACUCCUUACAAUGACUGGGUCAGCACACGUCGGAUUCAUCUACAUAGCAUCUUUUAAAUUCAGUUGUUUACUAGUAUGGAAUUUUUAACAUUAUAUAAUCUGAAGUGACUCCAUACAACAUUACUUUUGAACCUCUUAACACUGACCAAAAUGCUCGAGUCCAGUUUUUCAUGAUUGAGAAUUUCACAGCUAUCAAGAUCAAGUAAUUGCUUUUUUCAACUGAAGAUAAACAUCGCAGCGGAGUUUUGUCUUUCCGUUGCAUAUUUAGCAAAUCAUAUAAUAACACUCGACCAUAGAAUGUAAAGGGAAAUUUAUGUUAUAAAUGCCAAUUUUGGUUGGAAAAAAAAAGCGUUAAGCCAACUCGAUUAGUCUCUGCUGGACUGAAACUUUUUCGGCCAAUUUUUGUUCAGUUUGGUUCUAACCGGUGGCUAUAAUUAUAAAUAAAAGUAACCGAAGCAGGUUGACAAGAGCACCUGUCUCGUCCGGGAAAAUUACCUUUGUUUUGCUUGAUUGUAAUGUUUUAAAAAAUUAAACUAAAAGCUGAAUCGAUAGUAAUUGUCCUACAGUUAACGCUCUCGUCUUCAAUAAUUAGAAAUAAAUCUUCACCGUCGACACUUAUUUUUCACUGAACUCGAAGAAUCGAAGUUUCACUGCCUAGUGAAAGAUCAGAUUGCCUUUGUUUGAAUAAAUAUUUUCAAGUUCAGGGGAAACGAUUUGCCCGUUCCGGAUUUGUGGUGUGCGAAGCCGUUCUAGUCAUUUUUAAAUCGGAGCAUGGUCAGUCUGAUCAUUAUUAAUUUUUGGCUAAAUCUUUACUAGUUUUGAGGACAGCACCAAAUCGUCAGAUAAAGAUACUGCACCAAGUCCGAAAUUCAACAACCUUUUUAGCGAGGUCGAGAAGGAAAGUGAUGGUGGAACAAUCGAAAGGCUUAAAGAGUUCUGUGGUUAUACUACAGCUCACGGACUGGGGCGACUUGUGGACAGCAAAAGCUAUAUUCGCAGAUUGUUCUGGGUGAUGGCGUGUCUGGGGGCCUUUACCAUGUUUACCAGUCAAGUAAUAUCUUUGGCUGAACAAUAUUUGAGCAAGCCAGUGGAAACCUAUAUCACCAUGAAAUACGUCAGGGUAAGGACUUGGUUUGACAUUUUAAAAAGCUAUGGGCGAAUAUUCCUUAGCAGGCAUUUGUGAGGGAGAGGAUGGAGAAUAGACCCUUCCACAAUUUUCUUCAGCUUUUAAUAUGGAGAAGUUAGAGAAAAUUUGUCAACGUCGCUAAAAGGAGCGCCUUUUAUUUUAGUAAACUGCCAAGUUUAAAAGUCUCCUUAAAGUCGCGAAAUUUUACAGACAUUUGUAUGGGGUGGGGGGGACAAAUGUUUGUCACAAAUUUUCUUGCAGAGCUAUAUCUUCGCUCGCUUAGGGCGUAUCACUUUCAAACGUGGCAAGUUUACUAAUUUUAGGGCGCUCUUUGCAGUGGUGCCGAAGGAUUUUUCUAUAAACUGGUCCACGUCAAAAGUUGAAAAAAUUCGUGGAAGGUGAGUCUGUCCCACUUUGUCUUCCGCUUUGGCAAAAGCCUGCCACACAAACAAGUUAGCUCUAAAGCACCGUAUUUGCUCGAAACCUGGUAAAACAUCCUCGUUUCGUGGGCGUCGUGUGUGCCGCAUUUGUUAGGUUUGGUUUUGCCCCGAGCCGUCGGCGUAAACAUGUUAAGGCCAACCCCAAUGUAUUGAUAUUUCAAAGGUGUAUUGGCAUGGAUAAGUUCCUCUUAAGGGAAAUAAAAUAAAUAGAUUCACUAAAAUGUAGCUUUUGUAUUUGUGUCAGAAUAUUAAUUUUCCAGUGGUGACAGUUUGCAAUCAAAACGCCAUUCGCCGAAGCAUACUAUAUUCUAACAACACCGAAAUCCUACAAGAGCAGCUGAAAAAUUUACUUAAUGGAUCGAAAGGUUAGCUCAAGGAAGUGUUAAUUAUCAGAAUAUUACCAUCUGUAUUAUAUAUAUUUUUACUAAUUACAUCGAAAUUAAGCUCUGUUGUUCUUGUGAAUAACUUAUUAUUGUAGAGCUAAGUAAGGGAGAGACCUCAGCCUAAAGUAAUUUUGUAGCUUCCCCAUGUAAUUGUGGAACGGCUUAAUGUUUAUUGACCAGAAUCGUUUUAGCCUCUUUAAACUCCUAGCCACAAAUUCAAGCUGAAUUUAUUUGCUAAAAGUAGCCUUGUCAGCAAAUAUGGAUUUUAGUCUUGCUUCUUUAAAAUUUUCUCAACCAAUAUUGUACAGUAUAAGGCUCACUGUUUGUACCGUUUGUCGCAGUUAAAAUGCAAUAUUUUUCAGGAGAAAAGCUUACUGAUUUAUCAUCGUCGAAGUCAAAAAAGAAAGUGAGAAGAGACAUCCCUCGAAACCUCAGCAAAAUUGGCGAAGAAAUAUCAGAGAGUAUCAUUAGCCCAUCGAGCACGCAUGCGCCUUUGAUGGGAUCAAUCUCCACAACAUCUUCACCCAAAAUAAACGAAACAAAUUUAGAUGAGACAAGAAAGAAGAAUAAAAAGAAAACGAAGACAAAAAAAACGAAGGGAAAUAAAACAGACGAAGAUACUAAGGCGAAUGGAGAAGGUACGUGAAAUUCGCUUAGGGCAUUUAUUGGAGAGGAUUACGGUGUAUAAUCAUCAAAGGUAUAGAAAAAAGGAGUCAGAAUACAUGGCUUAAGCGAGCACCAUUUGAUUCCCAUGCUGGUUAAUAAUUAGCCAACGUGACAUAAGCAGUUGAGUUAAUGAAUCCGGAAAUAAGUGGUGUUCUAAAUAUUGCUCGCUUUAAAAUGUUCAUAUCCUAAAAAAUUAACUUUAUGCCAUCUUACUCUGUAGGAGCUCCGCUUUUAGGCUUCGCUAUGUGAUAAAUUUAUGUUGUAUCGACGUUAAACAAAGGUCGCCGUUAGGUCGCGGAGUAAUGUAUAUAAUUGGUUGCUUUACUAACUCUGUCUUAGGACUGCUAAAGACAAAUACAUGCAGAUCGAAAUACAGAUUUAAAGAUAGAAAAUCCUAAGACAGUUUAAUGCAACCAAUCAGAAACACGAUCUUAGCAGCCGUGGUCCUUUUGUUUUAGAUCUUUGCUCCCGACGGGCACAGUCUGAUAAUCGCUCAUUGCGUGGGAGUCGAGUCAGAAGUGUCUUACGAUUUUCUUCCUUUGAAAAUUGUCUUAUAUCGUUUACAGAGAUGUCUGAUUUUGUGGCGAAGCAAGAACGUGUUCAAGUAGCCCUAGCUACCUGGUCUGAAGACAAACUAACUAAAAUGGGACAUCAGUUUAAGGACAUGUUCCGAGAGUGCACUUACAGAGGAAAAUCAUGCAUGUAAGUUUUGAUCCUCCGUCUGUUUCGUAGUGCAAGAAGUGUUCAUACCUUUACACUGCCGUACAUUGCUGAAGCCACGAAGUUUUCAGAAACCUCAAUAGUUUUACUAGCUUUUGUUUUUAAGGCUACGUAAGGACAUUGUCUGUAAAUUGAUCUGUUGUAUCUUUGGCUAAUAAAACAACUCCGGCCUUUUAGAGUUGAAAGUUCAAACAGUCUGAACAGUUUGUUACUGUUUUGUUAUAACCAAAAGUUAAUGUUUCUUAGUGGUGUUGAAGGAAAGAUUUUUGUAUCAUUUUUGUCUGUUCAUAGCUAUAGAUACUAGUUGUAAAUUUGAGAAUAUUAAAAGUGAAUGAGUGAGGACAUGAUAAUCUACUUGUGGUGAUCAGCUUAUUGGACCGGGCCUCCCAGGUUUAGCCAAUUGAACCGACCUUUGUUUUUUUUAAACUGUAUAUUAUAAGCUUCAUGUUUCUUUCUUAGGAAAAGUCGGUUUUGGGACUCAUUUUGGCAUUAUAAAUAUGGAAACUGUUUCACUUUUAACAAGUAUAGCGAUCUUAAGGCUGCUGGCCCAGGGCCUGCUUACGGUAAGAUCCUUACAUCUCCAUUACUAACUUGUGUUUAGAUAAAUAGUUCUCGACUAAUAGAUAGCAAUAAAAACAUACAGCAUCUGUUAUUACACCGAAAUAACAAAUUAAAGUACAAAUAGUGCGCAGGGGUAAAGAGGUUCAUUUUAGAACUGAUACAUCGAGCUUCCCUGUCAGCCCGCCAAACAUAUAAACCACAGCACUUGUUGCAUUCUUGGAUGCAUCUACUUCUAUAAUGUUUGUAUUGGUUACGACUCUAGCAGUUUUCAGACGCGCUGUCCCUCGCGCUCUUCCGUCGCUCGCCCUGAUGGUAUACAUUAAAUACAAACAAACUAGGUCUUAAUGCAAAACAAAAAAAAAUAAAAAAAUAAAAAAACAAAACACUAAAACUAACAAAAACAAAAUAACCACAGCAAUAACAAGCAUAAAAUGUAUCAAUAGACCGAAUAUUAAAAUGGAUCUCUUUUGCAAGUUUUCUGGCACAUUUACCUGUAUUGAGUUCAAAGACAGUCAUUCAUGCGUAAUAUUUUUGUGCAGCUUUUUAACCUUUUUUUCCUCUAGGUUUGGUGCUGGAAAUGAACGUCGAGCAAAACGAAUAUCUUGGAGAUUUGACUCAGGAUGCUGGCAUUCGAGUUCAGAUCGAGGACAAGGGAAAAGUCCCAUUCCCUUACGAGAAAGGGUUUAGCGUGGGGCCUGGGUCUGCAACCUCGGUAGGAAUAAGAAAGGUCAGCCAUGAUAAAGAAACCACCCUUUUAGUUUAUAACAUGUAUAUUUGAAAUAACUGUAUUUUAUUUUGCCACGAUGAAAUUAUGAUUGUUCCUUCUUCUUUGUUACUUUUAGGUGAAAAUUAUGCGCGUCAAAACUUCUAAGAAAGGGAGUUGCAUUGGAGAAAUAGACCCAUUGAGCGAAGACAAUCUUCUUCAGCUUAAACACAAUGCAUCCUACUCCACAACCGUAAGUAACUGAAGUAUGUAGGUACGAAAAUCGGCCCCUGAUUGAAGGACAAACUGUUAACCAUAACGAUUUUAGUUCUGCGGUUGGUCUUUUCCAUAUUUACGCAAGGGGUUUGGUAGAUGCAAGUGUGGGCAUUAAAAAUGAAGAAAUUAAAUUAAAAAUCCUAGGCAAGGCAAGAAAUCUUGCUUCGUGGGCUAAAAUGACAACAAAUCUCAAAUUAAAUGCAGCGACGUCGCCCCUGCCUUGUUCUAGACAACAGAGCUUGGGCCACAGUAGCUUGUGAGAGGUUAUAGAAGGCCUUCACUACAAUAGCUGCCACGUGAGUUGCAUUUAGCAACACAGGUUGUUACAACCGAUAUAAAAGAGUACAGCUGCGCCCAGUCAAACGUUUUGUUUAUGCUUCAUUGAAUGGAAAUGUCCCACGUCUGGGUAUGUAUACAACUGAGCCAUGGACGUCAAAUAACUGUCCUCUUUAAAUACUACGGAUAUGUACAGGCGGAGAGUAAAAUUUUGAUGAAGAGUUUUGAGAAAAAUCUCCAUGCCUAAAAUUAUUUCUUUUGCGAGAUGCCACUUUUGGCAAACUCGUUGUUUUCAUUAGUUUCCCCCCUUCAGUUGAUGAACGUAAAAACUAGGGAUAACUUGAUCAGUGUCGUUAAAAACACACUUUUGGCCGGAUAAACGAACUAGUAUAGUUCACUCUUUCAGUAUGAGAUAAGCCUGUAAUGCAAUAGAAAUGCGCUUUAAUACCAUUUAAUAAAAAAUUUACGAAUUUUUGUGUAUAUAUACUUGGUUAGGCUUGUAGAGAAAGCUGUCUUUCUGAUAAGGAAAAUGAAAAGUGUGGCUGCCGAGAAUACCGAUUUCCUAGAGAUGACAGUAAGAACGAGCGCGUUUGUGACGUUCUCAAUGCGACCGUUGGUAGGUGAAACAUAAAGUUAUUUAAUCGAUUUGCCAGCCUCAGUUUAGCCAACUUUUUUUUAACGUUUAACAGUCUCUUAAUAUUCUUACAAGUUUGCAAGUGGAAAAUACUUUGCUCGGGCAUUACAAUUAAUCCAAAUACAAAUUUGAAUUUGGAUUUAUCGGCGAGGGAGGAGCUGAGUAUACUAUUGUAUCCGGAACCUGUUGUUGAAGAUGUAUCGAGACAAUACAGCGCACACCUUAUGCUAAUAUGUUACUUUGCAGCAAAAUGCUUGAAUAAAGUCCUAAAAAGAUACAAAAAGUCAAACUUGGGCUGCAGUCGAAAGUGCACCUCACCUUGCAAGUAAGUCUAACUUUUCAAUUUUGCUCAACCGGAAACCAAAAAGUAGCUUACUUGUAGCGAGUAUUAGAGCAAUUAUUGGGUAAGAGUAAUUGCAGAUUCACGACAGGGGCGUAGCCAGGGUUUUUCAAAGGGGGGGGGGGGGGGGGGGGGUCACAGAGGCUACUCACCAGAUCACCAUCCAGGGAUCGCCGACUAUAUAUGGUUUAUACCGCUGCUGCCCCUCUUGUAUCAGCGGGCUCAGUCGUAUUAUCGCGGCAUGAUGACGAAAAUACUUUACAAAAACACAAAUUUUAAAAAAGUGGGCUUUUCAACAAUGGCUUUUACGGCCAAGAUAUUGUCAUGGCGUUUUCGCGACCUGAAUAUUGUAGGUUGUUUGCUCAAAAGAAGGCCUACGGGGGGGGUCACGGGCACACCAGGACCCCCCCCCUAGCUACGCCCAUGCACCAGCCAGAGGGUGUAAAAUCUGCCGAAGCCGAUCGAAGGACUAGAUAAAGGGAUUUUUUUGCCCCGUUCUUCGAAAAGUAAUAGCCGUUCUUCGAUUAAAUUUUUGCAGCCUUAUUAUUUAUAUUAAUUUUCUUGCAGUGAGAAUGUUUAUAAACUAACCAUAUCAACAUCGAAAUUCCCUUCUUUGGCUUACCAGGUAACAAAGUUUAAUUUUAUUUACGUUAGUCUUGAGGUCUGGGGCCGAUCUGAAGCCAACCGCUGGUACUAUAUUGUGUUAAUUGAUUGCAACUGUAAGUGUUGUAUUUUGGAGAACAUUUACCCGAUAUCUUUUCCACGCUUAAUCAUCUUAAGUCUGGAUAUGCUGUAAACCAGACUAUAGAGACGAAAGUUUUCUUGCACAUUUUGCGUCAAACUUUCUAAUUCAGAUUUUAAUUGUGAUAUAUCAUGGUAAUUUGAACACUUCAUCCAAUGUCUCUGUUUACACUAAUGGUCGUAAUCGGAGUCGUAAGAGCGACGGAAUCGGAGUCAGAAGAAUCAGAACGUUUCCAUUUCCUUCCGACUCCACUUUAAUACGACUCCGUCGCUUACGUUCUGCCGAUGAUCUAGUGAAAACUAGAUUGUCGGAGUUGGAAGCAGAAGUGGAAGGAUAAACCAAUCACAAGCACGUUUCAACGCUUUGUGAUUAGUUUAGUUCUUCCGCUUCUGCUUCUGACUCGGACUACCCAUGCAUUUUUCACUUGAUCGUAAACGAGGGAGUCGUAAGCGGAAUCAGCAGAAGCAGAACGCUGAUUUCACUAGAUCGUAACUUAAAGUUCUACGCUUUGGAUUGCGACUCCGUCUCCAACGCCUUCACUAGUGGAAACCAGCCUUUAGAAACAGCUGACUGAAGAUCACGUUCAGCAAGUUGUCGCCCAAUGUAAGUCUAUCCGGCAAAUUUUUGCUUGUGGAAUACGUUAUCUUGGGAAUUCAUUUCAAGGAAUCCGGAAUCCCGCUAACGAUUUGAAUCUGGAAUCCAGUUUCUGGAAUCCGGAAUCCAGGGGCCUCGUUUUUCAAAGGUCCCGUCAACUUUUCGAGCUUGGGAACUGUGUUAUUGUUUAACAGGUUUUGGACCCGAAUACUUACCGGACCUUUCGAGAAACGGACCCCAGGGGAGAGGGUGGAAUACAGAAUCCAAUUACAUGGGGAUGAAGUUAAGUCAAAAAAAUUUUAGUAUCACGGAAUGGAAGUUGCAUGAAAACACUUGUAACAAAGUCAGUGUAAGUUCGGGUAAAACGCUGAAUUAAGUAGACGUUAAGUUUAUUAAUCACAGAAAUAUUGGUUAGCGGCAUAUACACUUUUUGUUACAAACUAGGUAUUUCGAUGCACCUUCCCUGAUACUUGCAAUAUUUCUAGUUAACUUGAUGAACGUGAAAUUCAGUCAGAUGAGGCUGUAAGAUGUAUCCUGUAGGGACUAGCACCAAGUGUCCGUCCCAUUGAGCUUUUCGCUCUGGGUCAUUCAGAUAAUUGAAUGAAGAAGAAUGUGGCAAGGAACAACUUUAGGGAGUCUAUCCCAAAGCUUUUGUCAAGCAAGUCACCAUUGGGGGCUCCCCUUAAGAAAGUUGUCGACUUCCUACAAUAUCGGUUUCUGAAUCCUUCCUUGUGUGUAAAAUCUAGAUAUCUGAGAAACAGGUCCAGCCUUGUUCCCAAGGUUUUUCCCUCAAAAUGGGAGCCAUCAGAAAAAGCCCUCAUUUUAAACGAAACGCACAAGGAACGACGUUGAAAUAGGUCAACCUUGAUAAGAAUGAAGCCUUUCUUACUGAGGGCGAGUUUACAAAUGUCUAUGAAUGGAGCUCUGGGUUGGUUUUUUCUAAAGUCUCUAGUACGGGUGUUCAUAACCGCUUAAUAGAGUUCUCCGUUACAGAGAGAUUUGGCUCGAUUGCUUACUUCAGUUUCUUUUUUGAUGGUGUACAGAGAAUUCUCCUUGCUAACAAGAAAAAACUGGAGAAAAGAAACAUACCCUCUAACCUGUUAAGGUAUGCAUAACACGCAUGGAAAGUGUUCUUUUAAAUUGCACCCUUAAGAGGGAAAUUCCUAACUACAGCACUGUGGCUAUGUGAAAAGUCAUUCUUCGUAUAAUCUCCUGCGUCCCUGAUCGAGAAGAAAAAAUCUCUUUGAAGACCGUGUAUUGUGCACCUGAUGUGUGUAGUUUUAGCAACUCACUUAUUGCGGAGCUCCACGCGCCCACGAAGCCCCAUAGAUAAUUAAGGAACGUUGGUUAACUAUCCAUUCAAGAAAUUUGGGUAGUCACGUGACCGUACGUCCGACCUUCCGUCCGUCCUUCUGUCCGUACCACUGGGAAACCGAUGCGAAAUGUUAGUGUGGGAGUCUGCAACCUGAUGUUGUACGUCCACAUUGUAAUCAUUUGACAGCUGUCAAAUUAGGGCAGACGCUGACUAGAAUCAGAUGACCGUACCGCAGGAUCAGGUGUCGACCCAGCGAGGUUACGUGUUUUUUUUAAGUUCCCCUCUGACAAGUUCCUAGUUUUUACCAGAUCGCAGGCUCAACUUCAGGUGGAUUUCUUUGCACUUUGCAGUGGUUACAAGUUUAUUGUAAACUGAUAAACGGUAGGGUCGUUGUGUAAGACGUUUCGUAAUCAAGAAUUUUUGGAUCAGCUAUUGAAAAGCCACGCCCUUAAAUGCUAUUGGCUCAAGACUUAGUUACUACUCUCACACUUUUUUUUCAGCUCGUAUUUACUUCAGCUUAAUGUUUUUUUUGAAGAACUGAAUUAUGAAGUGAUCGAAGAACGUAUUGGAUAUGGGGUAAGCUACCUGGAGGUCGUAAAGUGGCAUUAAAGGGGUCAUGUCACGAGAAUAUUGUUGUUUUAGGUCAAAUCGAAGGGUGCUUAAGUCAUUACAUAGAACCUAAACCCAAACAGAAAAAUUCUCUUGAUGAGUUAUGAAGAAUAUAUCAAACAAAUUUCAUCAGGGAGCAUUAAAAUAUCAUUUUUUGGUGAUUUUUGCAGACAAGAGAGAAUGAUGGGAAUUGACCUGAAAAAUUAAAGUUUCAAUCCAAGUUCAUCCUUGCCAUCCGUGGCAAUAGGCGACAGAAAACUGUUUCACUUCCUAAAUAUAAGCUUAUAAAUAACAAAAGACAAGUUAAGCUUUUAAAGAGGUUGUAGCAAACCUGGUCAUUUGAAACUGAGCAUGUUGGACUUUCUUCCAGCUCUGUACGUUAUCUGAACAGUAAUAAGGCAACGUCCGUAAAGCUUGGUUAACCCUUUAAACCCUAAGAGUGAUAUGGCAGCGUCAAAUUUCAGGGUGGUCAUGAGAAUUACGGACAUGAUCACACAAGAUGAAUCUUCUCCCCUCAACUUCUAUAGUAAAAGAAUAGUGGAAAAAAAUGAGAAUUUGUAUUUGAUAUUAGGGUUGAAAGGGUUAACUCUCUCUAACUCAAUUCAGUAACUGACUGCAGUUUGCCUUUGAUGGUGAGCCCUUGCUGUGAGCUGCGGGGCUAUUCAGUGAAAAUAAAAAGCGAGCUUACGCUUUAUGGCAAAUUCAAAUAUCUCGCUUGGAUCGUUGAAACCCCAUUUAUUAUAAAACAGGUUACCUGGCCUAACUAAGGAUGCCUGAUAGCGUCUAUUUUUUACUGUUUUAGCUGGUGAAUUUUAUAGCAGACAUUGGAGGCAACGUGGGUAUCUGGAUUGGCGUUUCUGCUCUGACGAUCGCAGAAAUUCUGGAAUUGCUGUGCAUUAUAAUUCAUCACGUGAUCAAGACUUGCACUCAUCGAACCAGCAAGAUCCUGGCUAUCACGUAA